AUCUCAUUUCAAACUGCCCUAUGUGAAUGUCUUGACAACAUCUGACGAGACUGUUUACACGCUGCCGAGAUCUAACGUGGCAACAGUGUUUUCGUUCCAUUUUAGUCUAAACGAGAGUAUCCAACUAAUUGACAGGAUGAAGUGUCUAACGUUCUUGAUUGUCACGGUCAUCGCCUUCGCUGCGACAGGAGUAUCGGGUAAUGGGCGAAUGACUAACGGCGCUCAGGCAUCAGCCGGUGAUUUCCCGUACAUGGUCUCGGUUACAACUGGCGGAGAACACAUUUGCGGAGGAUUCAUCUACAAUCGAGAUUGGGUCGUAACAUCUGCUUCUUGCGUUUACCUGUAUUUGCCGAGUCAGAUACGAAUCACUGUGGCACAACUGUCACUAAUCAACGAGGAUCCUGAAGAGAAAGUCUAUCCCAUCUACUUAAUAUCCGUGUUCGAAGGUUACGAUUACUCGUCCGGCUUACAUGAUAUCGCUAUGCUGCAGACGUCUUCACCCAUCGAAUUUAGCACCAACGUCAACUUUAUCCCGUACAACGAGGCGACAGAAGCUCCUUCCGACAUUGGCACCUUCAUUGGAUGGGGAGCCACUUUUGACGGUGGUUUAGCCACCGCCAGGCUGCGCUCCAUUCAAGUUUCAUUCGGAUCAGACUGCAGAGAUUACGGCGCGGAUCAGUUUUAUCCAGCUUACAUGAUCUGCGCUGGAGGCUCCGCAGUAGAUACUGGAAGCCCCUGCCAAUACGACGAAGGUUCGCCUUUAGUGCAAAACAUCAGUGGAACAGUGGGCGUGGUUGGAAUCAUGUCCAAGAAUGCCGGUUGUGGAACCAAUUUCCAACCAACCAUUUACACCAGAAUGUCUCCCUAUUAUCCUUGGUUCAAUAAGCUUGCCGGAGAACAGCCUACAUUGAAGAAACUUUAUUAACAUUUUUUUUUAUUCUACGAAGAGUAUUGGACCCCUACGACAUUUAUCAAAUAAAUACAUGCGCUAUGACUUAUGAAUCAUCUAAUAUAUAGUACGAAAAUG